AUGGCUUUGCAGGUGCUGGGCAUUACAUUGUCCAUGAUUGGCCUGGCAGGCACCAUCAUCAUCUGUGCACUGCCCAUGUGGAAGGUAACAGCGUUCGUGGGCACUAACAUCGUGGUGGCACAAGUCUUCUGGGAGGGCCUGUGGAUGACCUGUGUGUACGAGCACACAGGCCAAAUGCAGUGCAAGCUCUACGACGCGCUGCUGGACCUGGACCCGACCCUGCAGGCCUCACGAGGUCUAGUGGUUACCACUAUGGCGCUUGCAUGCCUUGCAUUCCUUAUAUUUCUGGUGGGAGCUGAGUGCACCAAUUGUCUCAGCAAUCCUCGAGCGAAGGCCAGGAUCGUGGUGGCAUCUGGGAUCACUUUCAUGCUUUCAGGGCUGGGAGCAGCGAUUCCGGUGUCCUGGACGGCCGACACCAUCAUCAGAGACUUUCAUAACCCUACAGUGCACGAGGCACUAAAGAGGGAAAUGGGCGCUGCCAUUUAUGUGGGCUGGGUGACCGCAGGGUUCCUGUUUGUCGGAGGGGCAGUUCUGUGUACCAGCUGCCCACCAGAGAGGGUCAAGCACUCUCCCAGAUACACAGCAACAAAGUCAAGCAGCCCAAGUACAUAUGCCUUCAGGAACUAUGUGUGA